GACUCAGACGACCUCUUUUCCAACCAGCCCUCCAUCUCCAGCCUCCUCACCCAACUCCGCCGCAGCACCCUCACGCCUCACAACCGCCUCAAGUCCAUCCACUCCGACGCCGCCUUUGUCGCCCAGGUGGCCUCUUCUUUUCCAACCUAUCCUCCCUCUCAUUCAGAGCCGCUGGUGGCGAAUGAGCGCUGUGGGAGCUGGUAUAUCCCGCCGGACAAGAAAGACGGCAGUGCGUAUUUCAAGAGCACGGAUGGACAUGAGCGGGCGUGGAAGUUUAGCACUAGGAGACUGAACCUGCACCUAAUUGACAUAAUUGAGGAGAAUGACGGGUAUGUUGCUUAUUUUCUCUCCAGCCAGUGCAUGCCCGAUGCCCUCUCAACCACCAUUCCCAUCUGGUGCACCGUCUUCAACAUGGCCCUCCUCCCAAACAACCCCCUUUCUUCCAACCUCUUCCUCCCCCCUUACCUGCCCGCAUCUACACACUCCCAAAUCACCGCUCUCAUUCCCACAUUCCUAUCUUCCCUCAAAGAACUCAACCUCACCCUCCCGACGUCUCUCACAAAGCCUCUUCGCCCCCUCUGGAUCACACAGGACUCCUCUCUCCCUCCUCCCCCAGACUCGGACGACGACGAGGAUGAAGACCAAGACCAAAAUCAAGACCAAGGCAUCAUAUUUCAGGACUACCGACCUGUCAUCUGUUGUACCGCUAGUAGACGAGUCAUCGGCAGCGAGGUCGACGAGGGCGGCUACAUCCAAGGCGCCGGAGACGACACCGAGAACUGGGCUCUAGGCCUGACCCCAGACGUCUUCUGGGCCAACACCACAGCCUUUCUCUCUGCCGCAGAAGCCGAUGUCCCCGACCUCAUCGUCAAGCUCGUAGAAGAAGCUAAAGCACAGCGCCAGGCUGCUCCCACCGGCGAUGUAAACCCAGCUACUCUCCCGCGAAAACAACUCACGUCCUACCUCUCCGUCCGGGCAAUAUCACCCCUCGACCUCUCAAUACCAACAGCGGCAUCAUCAUCACAGCAGCAACCAAACGAAUGCCUCAUCCUCCUCACCGAAACUCCCACCCCAAAAGAAACCUGGCUCCUCUCCCCAACGCUCCUCCGCGUCGGCCUCGGCAAACACAAAACCGCCAGCCGCAACCUCCGCCUGGCCCUCCCCGAAAUCUGCUCCUUCGCAACCCUCUUCCUCCAGCGCAACGAGCACUCCACUCCAACAGAUGCAGCAAGUAACGACGCCGUCGUCAAGCCGCCCCAAAUCGUCGUCGCCUGCGACUCAGGCAAGGACCUCUCCGUAGGCGUCGCCCUGGCGCUGUCAUGCCAUCUUUUCGACGACGAGGGCCGCUUCCGCGUGCCUGACGACAAGGUGGCGUUUACCAAGACGUUGGUCAAGAUGAGGCUCGGGGCCGUCAUGACGGUGUAUCCCGAGGCGAAUCCGAGCAGGAGUACCUUGCAGAGCGUGAAUAGCUUCUUGAUGGACUGGAGG